AGAGAGAGAACUGAAGGAGAAGGUGGAAGAACAAGCGAGGGGGAGAGAGAGGGAACUGAAGGAGAAGGUGGAAGAACAAGCGAGGGGGAGAGAGAGGGAACUGAAGGAGAAGGUGGAAGAACAAGCGAGGGAGAGAGAGAGAGAACUGAAGGAGAAGGUGGAAGAACAAGCAAGGGGGAGAGAGAGGGAACUGAAGGAGAAGGUGGAAGAACAAGCGAGGGGGAGAGAGAGAGAACUGGAAUCUAGACACGUCACCAACACAGAGACACGCAGAUAUUGGGGAAACAGGAAAAGAGAAGUUCCACCUAACUCUGCUAUAGAGAGGAGAAGAGAGGAAGAGAGGGAAGAGAUCAAGAGGAGAAGGGAAGAGAUGGAGAGGAAAAGAGAAGAAGAGAUUGAGAGGAGAAGGGAAGGGGGGGAAGAUAUGGAAGAGAAAGUGACUGUGAAACCCUUGGUUAACUGUCUUCAAUCAACACCAACACAACAGCAGCAGCCAACAGAGCCCCAGAAUGGUGGUCCAGCACUGUUCACAAGGAUCCCUAGUUUCCAUCUGACUGAAGAGGGCGCUAUACUCUCACAGCUGUCCGAACUCGAAGCAAAACCAGCCCAGAAAGUUGUUAAUACCUUCUGCCACAGAAUCAACAGCAUUGGAGAGAAGACAACCACCUCCUCCUCCUCCUACACCUCCUCCUCCUCCUACACCUCCUCCUACACCUCCUCCCAGUCAGAGUUGCGUGUGGUUCUGCUGGGUAGGUCAGGGUCAGGGAAAAGUGCAGCAGGUAAUAUCAUACUGGGUCGGGAGGAGUUUGUGUCUCGUCCAGACAUUACCACAGCCGUCACUCAGGACUGUCAGAAGAGCAGGGCCCUCGUCGCCGGGAGACGGGUGGCAGUGGUGGACACUCCAGACUGGUUCCGCUCCGAGCACCCUCCCGAUGUGGUCCGUUCCCAGCUGUCAUCCUGUGUGGCCCUCUCGGCCCCUGGCCCCCACGCCUUCAUCCUCUGUGUCCCCGUAGACCAACCAGCCCAGGCAGAGCUACAGGCUCUAGGGGCCCUAGAGAAAGUCUUUGGUCCCGGGGCGGUCCGGACCCACACCCUGGUCCUCUUCACUCACUCCGAUCGGUUGAAGGAGGGCGGGAAAGUGGGAGUGGAUGGAGUGGAGAAGUAUAUCUCCAGCCAGAGGAGAGAUUUGUUAGAGUUGGUUAAACGAUGUGGGGAUCGGUAUCAUGUGAUGGAGAGAGGGAGCGGAGGAGAAGAGGAGGAGGAGAGGAAGAGGAGGAGUGUGGGGGAGUUAUUGGAGAAGGUGGAGCAGACGGUGAGAGAGGGAGGAGGAGAGUGUUUCUCCUGUCCACUCUUCCAGGAGGCGGAGGAUAGGGUGAGACAGAGACAGGAGGAGAUAGUGAGGGAGAGGAGGGGAAGAGGAGAGGAGGUGAAGAGACAAGCACUUCAUUCCUACUCCAUGCAGCCCUUGAGAGAGACAGAGGAAGAUGUGGAUGAGGAGGAGAACGAGAGAACGAGAGAGGAGGCGGAGAAGAGUGUGAGCGCCCUGGAAUUGGAAAAUCUUCCCUCGCUUUCAUCCUCUUCUGCAUGGUAUUCGUCGCUCCUUCGCUCGGUGUGGGAGAAGGUGGGUGCGGGAGCGAGUAAGGUCCCCAAGCUGACGGCUGGAGGUGCGCUGCUGGGUGGGGUGUUGGGCGUGUUCUUUGGAGGGCCCAUAGGGGGAGCUAUAGGGGCCACUGCUGGAUCUGUGGUCACUGAGGUGGGGAGAAGGAGGUUUAGCCAGACAAAGAACUCAGCAGAAGAGACAGAUGCCACAGGGAGAAUAGAAGGAGAAAUCUUGGACAAGAUGUUGAAAACAGAGUGAGAGAGUCAGAUCCACACAUGUACAGUACAGCAUUUUAUGAGAGAUUAUUUGAUAAGUUACUACCUAUGUACAGUACAGCAUUUUAUGAGAGAUUAUUUGAUAGGUUUCUACCUAUGAUAUAUAUCCACCUGUGACCGCGCAGACGUUGUAUAUAUCUGUGAUUAUAAACUGGGUUGUUCGAGCCCUGAAUGAUGAUUGGCUGACAGCCGUGGUAUAUCAGACAGCAUACCACGGGUUUGACAAAACAUGUGUUUUUCCUGCUCUAAUUACGUUGGUAACCAGUUUAUAACAGCAAUAAGGCACCUCGGGGGUUUGUGGUAUGUGGCCAAUAUACCAUGGCUAUAUACCACGUUGCGUCGUGCCUAAGAACAGCCCUUAGCCGUGGUAUAUUUUCCAUAUACCACACCCCCUCGGGCCUUAUUACUUAAACAUAAUGUUGGUAAUAUUGUAUAUCUGUGAACAUAAUGUUGGUAACAUUGUACAACAUAUACCGAUGUGUAAGUUGUUUUGCGGCAAAUACCGGUUCUCAUUGACUACUUCAAUGUUUUGUUGUAUUUCUUUUCCAGCUAUUACAAUUAUGACUUGUUAAAUAACUCACAUGUGCUACGUCAUUAUUAUUCAAAUUACAUUCAACAUGGUUUCUUUAAAUGUUAAACUACUAUUGUGCAUAUAGUUAAUCCGUUUAUUAAUGCUAAUAAAACACAUUGCAUGAUAAUAUCAUUCAGUUGGGUUUGAAGGCCUACAAUAUGUAAAGUUGGUCCUGCAAUAUGUAAUAAAACCCAGAGGGGAGGCAGAAUGUCCCAGACUGCUUUGCCUCACCCUCCAGGCCUCUUGUAUCAGUAGGACUGGAUAGAGCAGGUCUAGGACACCACCCCCUACCACACCAACCACCUCUCCUCUGUGUGAUCUGAUCCUCAGGGGCCUCCGUAGUUCACCCUACAAGCUCUCACAGUCUCACGUCAGAAUUAGACGUUCAUCCAUGUUUCUCAAACGUGACAUUUGAAAGUGUUUGAGGUUGAGUUUAGGCGUUAACUCCAAAUGCUUAAGGUUAGGCAUUCAUCCUGAAUGGUUCAUGCAACGAUUAAGGUUUGGCAUAGGCUUAAAACAAAAUAUCAAAAACAACUUUAUAUCACUGGAUUCGAACAUGCAACCUUUGACCCUUUGGAACCACAGGCAGAUGCUUAUGCUCAUCUACAAUGCCCUAGAAAAGCCAAAACCUACUUUACGGUAACAGCUGUUGGCCUGCACGGAGGGAGCCGGCCGUGGAGCGCACCACUGUUGGCCUGCACGGAGGGAGCCGGCCGUGGAGAGCACCACUGUUGGCCUGCACGGAGGGAGCCGGCCGUGGAGAGCACCACUGUUGGCCUGCACGGAGGGAGCCGGCCGUGGAGAGCACCACUGUUGGCCUGCACGGAGGGAGCCGGCCGUGGAGAGCACCACUGUUGGCCUGCACGGAGGGAGCCUGCAGUGGAGCGCACCACUGUUGGCCUGCACGGAGGGAGCCGGCCGUGGAGCGCACCACUGUUGGCCUGCACUGAGGGAGCCGGCCGUGGAGAGCACCACAGUUGGCCUGCACGGAGGGAGCCUGCCGUGGAGCGCACCACUGUUGGCCUGCACUGAGGGAGCCGGCCGUGGAGAGCACCACAGUUGGCCUGCACGGAGGGAGCCUGCCGUGGAGCGCACCACUGUUGGCCUGCACUGAGGGAGCCGGCCGUGGAGAGCACCACUGUUGGCCUGCACUGAGGGAGCUGGCCGUGGAGAGCACCACUGUUGGCCUGCACGGAGGGAGCCGGCCGUGGAGCGCACCACUGUUGGCCUGCACGGAGGGAGCCGGCCGUGGAGCGCACCACUGUUGGCCUGCACGGAGGGAGCCGGCCGUGGAGCGCACCACUGUUGGCCUGCACGGAGGGAGCCGGCCGUGGAGCACACCACUGUUGGCCUGCACGGAGGGAGCCAGGGCCAGGUUGACACGUCAGAGAUGGAGGCUAGAGGCAGAGGCAAUAGGGUUAUGUAACCAGUCCUUCCUGUUGUGUCAGAACGACCGGGUGUGGUGGGGGGUCUGAGAGAGAAAGGGAGAGGGAAUGAGGGCCUUUGUGGCUGAUUUUCUCUUAUUUCUGCCUCUUUUUUUGCCCUUUCCUCUCUCCCCUCUUCCAUGCAUGUAGCGGUUGAUUGCACCACAGUAUCCCCAUCAGGCAACUUAAUGGCUGUAGAUGAGACAGCACUAACUGUCGAGCCAUUUCCUGGCCACCUGAUAGCUGGAGACACGCAGCCCACCUGGGGGAAAGGGUUGAGGGGGACACCAACUAGGGCUGGGGAGAUAUCGUCAACAUUUUUGACAGUAUGAUGGCAUUUGACAGUAUUUUACGUUUUUUUAUAAUAAAAGUUCUAAAUAUGCUUCACGAGGAGUGCAGGACCGUAGGGAGGGUGGCAACAAAUACAUUCUAGGUGGUUUCAAUGGGGCUCUCUCUUCUGAUUGCUUUAUACUGUUCAAUCAAACUUCAUCCUAACAUUAUUUUCAGCAUUUUCAUCCAUUUCUGCGUUUUCUUCACUCGUGUUAUCAUCUCUCCUCGCCGUACCACUUUAUUAUCUCUCCUCGCCGUACCACUUUAUUAUCUCUCCUCGCCGUACCACUUUAUUAUCUCUCCUCGCCGUACCACUUUAUUAUCUCUUCUCGCCGUACCACCUUUGUUUUGUCUUUGUAUGCCUCUAUGUUGUGAAAAAGUUACUUUUUCUUUAUCAGAAUAAUUAUUCUACUAGGUUUCCAUAACUAGGUUUCCAUAACUAGGUUUCCAUCCAAUAUGCACAUUUUCCCACUAGUGGUGUGUUUCCACCAAACUGACUUGUUGAGGAUAAAAAUCAGUGCGUGAUGCACAAAAACAUUUAUUUUUCGGGUUCAGGUUUCAUGUACUGAAUAAAAAUUUAAACUUCAA